AUGUACGAUGAUUUUGUAGCAUAUGAUAACGUGCAAGGUUGCUGGAUGGGGUCUCUUGUUUACCGAAAAAGCUUGUUUGUAUCUCCAGCAACUGAGAAUGAAGCUCCUGAAGUUCGCCUCACCAAAUCUCCUACUAGUCUCCCGACAUCUGACAAUCCUGAUGCCUGGGCGAAAAAGGCCCCCUCUGAUCGACAAGAGGAAAUUGCUGCCAAGAGGUUGAAGAAAAUCAAAGAUAUAAGUGCUUCAGAGAAAGCAAUUACUAGUCAGAAACCUUCUGAUGCUUGGCGAGAAGAUGGAAAAGAACCCAUGUCCCAGGCUCCAUCAAAGUUAGUGAAACUAGACUCGACCAAGAAAGUGGAGAGUCUGGCUAAGGCUGUUGAGCCUACCGUUUUGAUGAUCAAAUUUCCUCCUGAAACAUCACUUCCAUCUAUUGCAGAGCUGAAGGCAAGGUUUGCUCGUUUUGGCCCAAUGGAUCAAUCAGGUUUUCGUGUGUUUUGGAAUUCAUCAACCUGUCGGGUUGUUUUCUUGCACAAAGUUGAUGCACAGGCUGCAUAUAAAUAUUCUGUUGGAAAUCAAUCGUUAUUUGGCAGUGUGGGUGUGAGGUGUUUCCUUAGGGAAUUUGGGGAUUCUGCUCCUGAAGUCUCUGAAGCUGCCAAGGGUAAAGCAGAUGACGGGGGUAGUGAAAUACCUCGGGUCAAGGAUCCUGCAGUGGUUCAUCGUCAGGCAUCAGCAUCAUCUUUACUACCUCUUCUUCAGCCCAUCCAACUCAAGUCCUGCCUGAAGAAAUCUACAGGUGAUGAGUCGGGUAUGAUUACGGGCAAUGGAAGUAGUAAUAAAGGAAACUCUAGUGUAAAAUUCAUGUUUGGUGGGGAAGAUAGUAGUAGGGGAGACCAAUUAAUGGUGGGUAGUAGAGACAAGUUCAAUGCUAGUUUUGCUGAUGCUGGCUCACCUCCUGUUGCAAUGGAUUUUAAUAGUAAGAGCGUUGAAAAGAUUACUUUACAACCCCGAUGCCUGUUCUUCCCCUUUCUACUCAGUUUUCAAAAACCCCACAACAAAAUUUACGUAAUCCUGAAUUGGCAAUGGCACCCCGAAACCAUCCGCUUUGACAAAAAAUACUCCAGACACUACCACAUCCAUUUCGAUAUCAUUCUUUCAUGCAUACACUACAAAAGUUAUUGA